GUGUUGAGCGCUGCCGCGAGCGCGGCCUUGCAUAUGUCGGCGACCUGGUCCCGCGUGUACUUGUGCGCAAGGCUUGUCGCCUUUCCCUCCGCAUCGCUAUCAAUCCAAAGUGUUUUCGUCUUCGCAGGAGAUGAUGUCGUCAGUCGGAAAAAGCACAUAGGGCAAAGCAGCUCACCCCCGUGGCUAGCGGCACUUGAGCGAGAGCCGUCGCUGUGUCGAUGGUCAUGUGUUCAGCAGUGCCCUUGUUGUCAUCGUGCGCGAACCAAGUCGACGUGAGAUGCCGGCCGGAUUCUGCCUUGUCGGGGCGGCCAUCCAGGACGUGCGUCUCUAUCCCUGUCCAUUUCGCAUCUGCUCUCGCAGCGACAUACCACUC